CCAGGGCGAUCUGCAGCAGACGGCGGAGAUCGAAGGCUGCGUGAUCGACUGUCUGCUCGCCAUGGUGAUGAAACUGUCCGAGGUCACGUUCAGGCCGCUCUUCUUCAAGCUGUUGGACUGGAGUAAAUCAGGCAGUAACGAGCGUCUGCUGACUUUCUACCGCCUGUCGGACUCCAUCGCCGAGAGACUCAAAGGACUCUUCGUCCUGUUCGCCGGAAAUCUGGUGAAACCGUUCGCUGAUCUGCUGCGACAGACGAACUCCUCCAAGACGGAUGAACUCGUGUUUGACAGCGAGGACAAAAUCAGUCUGCUGCUUCGCUUCGUCCUCGACUGUCUGCACAAGAUCUUCCUGUACGACACGCACAGAUUCCUCAGCAAAGAGCGAGCCGACGCCCUGCUGAGCCCGCUGCUCGACCAGCUGGAGAACACGGUGGGAGGACAGCAGGUGUACCAGCGGAGGGUCACCCAGCACCUGGUCCCCUGCGUGGGUCAGUUCUCUGUGGCGCUCGCUGACGACUCGCAGUGGAAAACUCUCAACUACCAGAUCCUCCUCAAGACCAGACACACCGACUCCAAGGUGACCGCGCGCACGCACACACACACACGCACACACACACACAUUGUAGUUGUGGUGCAGUAUUUUCUCUCGUAUUCGUAGUUUUUCUGCAGUAAAGGGUCGUAACGCUGCAGUGUUUGUGGGUUUAUUUAUGAGUUCUGUAGGCGUAUAAAAGCGGGUUGUUGGCUGCUUGCUGGUUAAAAUGUUAUUUAGCUGCUCGGGUCACAUCAAAAUAUGAAUGUUUAGAUUUUUGUCAGUGUGGACAAACUACACACACGGUUAGCUUCUUAAGAUUCUCCACGAUUCAGUCAGUUCAGUUCAGCGAUCACCAAAGAGAGUUAUCGCAAAAUAAACGAGACAAAAGACAUUCGUAGGUUAGAUAUAG